GAUACAAUGCUGAUAGGGCGAAGCUGUCCUUGUUGUGAUUGUAGUGCAGAUAAUGAUAUGCAAUGGUCCACUGAACACACUGAGAUUAAAUGAUGGAAAUGUAUCAUGUGCUGUACAUUUUGAUUUCAGAUCACCACAGUACUUCCGUUUUGCUGAAAAACCAUGGCUGAAAGUACUGUUUGUUGAUUUGCUGUGAGAGAAAAACAUUGUUGAAUAGCUGGCUGAUUUAGCUAAUAAGCUCAAGUGAACUGCAGCUUUAUGCUUGCACACUCCCAGGGCUAUGUGAAAGGUUUUGGAGCUUUGCAGAUGUCAGCUGCCAGAUAUUUGAGCUCCCAGGGCUAUUUCCACAUGCAAAGCAUAGUGUAAGCUAUUGUCUACUUAGUCACUUGCCUUCUAGGCAGUAUAUCCAUAGCAAACACAGAACAAAGCUUCUUCUAUCAUGAAGCAGUUCAAACAUCCAUGCAACAGUCAACAUUUCUAAAGAGGAGCGAUAGAGGCUCAGUGGACGGGCCUGGGCACUGGUUCAAGCUCGACACGCAGACGAGAUGACAAAGGAGGGAGUUCUGCCACCAAGGUUCCGAGGACGAGCUGAUCGGGCGGCGCGGCGGUUGCGGAGGAGCGAGGGCAGUGGGCACGACGAGCUCGGGAAACGUGGCGACUAUGCUGGGUGCGCGUGCGCCCAAACCCAGCCGGAUCCAAGGUUUAUCCAUCUGGCCGUUUCUUCCACCAUGCAGAGCUGCAGCAGACCCCGCGCACACUCCCGAGUUCGUCUCCCUUGACGCUUAUCGACCCCCGUCUUCUGACACUUGACUCACUCGCCAGUCGCCACCUUCGCCGGCGGCCUAUAUAUAUAUAUGCGCGCGUUCCUCGGAGUUGUUGUUGUUGGAUCAUCAUCCCUCAAACGAACUCGAACCGAUGGCUCGAGCUCGGCCGGCAUUAGCCAUGGUGUCGACGGCGGCGGCUCUGCUGCUGCUGCUGCUGUGCGCGGCGGCGUUCGUGGAGCGCGGCGCGGCGCUGCAACUGUGCACGGACCGCCUCUUCAACAACACGCAGGGGCGGCACAACGACGGCCUGCCGCACCUCACCCCGACGGAGGAGGCCACGUGGAUGGCGCUCCUCCCGCGCAGGCUCCGCGGCGGUGGUGGUGGCGGCGCCCGGGCCCGGGCCGAGUUCGACUGGCUGGCGCUCUACCGCAGCCUCACGCGCGGCGGUGGCCCGGACGACGACGCCGACGCCGGCAAGCCGGGCCCGGGGGAGCUGCUGACGCCGGCGUCCCUGCACGACGUCCGCCUCCACGGCGACGACGACGACGACGACCGCGUCCUCACCGGCUCGUCCUCCUCCUCCGCCGCCAUGUACUGGCAGGCGCAGCAGACCAACCUCGAGUACCUGCUCUACCUCGACCCGGACCGCCUCACCUGGACCUUCCGCCGGCAGGCUGGCCUGCCCACCGUCGGGGACCCCUACGGCGGCUGGGAGGCGCCCGGCGGCCAGCUCCGUGGCCAUUUCACAGGGCACUACCUGAGCGCGAGCGCGCACAUGUGGGCGGCCACGCACAACAGCACCCUCAGGGAGAGGAUGACGAGGGUGGUGGACAUUCUCUACGACUGCCAGAAGAAGAUGGGCACGGGAUACCUGGCGGCGUAUCCCGAGACCAUGUUCGACUUGUACGAGCAGCUGGACGAGGCAUGGUCGCCAUACUACACCAUCCACAAGAUCAUGCAGGGACUUCUUGAUCAGUAUAUGUUGGCCAGUAACAAGAAAGGUCUGGACGUGGUGGUGUGGAUGACUGACUACUUCAGCAACCGUGUGAAGAAUCUGAUACAGAAGUACACUAUUCAGAGACAUUGGGAGGCAAUGAACGAGGAGACCGGUGGAUUCAACGACGUCAUGUAUCAGCUGUAUACUAUAACGAAAAACCAGAAACAUCUGACAAUGGCUCAUCUUUUCGACAAACCAUGCUUCCUUGGACCACUUGGUCUUCAUAAAGAUGACAUAUCAGGCUUGCAUGUAAAUACGCAUCUCCCUGUCAUCAUUGGUACACAGAAGAGAUAUGAGGUUGUUGGUGAUCAUCUUUACAAGGACAUCUCAACUUACUUGUUUGAUGUGGUGAAUUCUUCCCAUACAUUCGCAACUGGAGGUACAUCUACCAUGGAACACUGGCAUGACCCAAAGCGUCUGGUGGACGAAAUCAAAAUCAGCUCGAAUGAGGAAACCUGCGCCACCUACAACUUCCUCAAGGUGUCACGGAACCUGUUCCGGUGGACAAAGGAGGCCAAGUACGCAGACCACUACGAGAGGCUGCUCAUCAACGGGAUCAUGGGCAACCAGAGGGGAACACAGCCUGGUGUCAUGCUCUACUUUCUUCCCAUGGGGCCUGGGCGAUCGAAGAGUGUCAGUGGCCUUUCCCCCUCUGGCCUUCCGCCGAAGAAUCCAGGGGGAUGGGGAGGUCCGAACGACACGUUUUGGUGCUGCUAUGGCACUGGGAUAGAAUCAUUCUCAAAGCUAGGUGAUUCCAUAUAUUUCCUGGAGGAGGGUGAAGCACCAGGGCUCUACAUCAUCCAGUACAUACCGAGCACCUUCGAUUGGAAAGCCACAGGCCUCACUGUCAAUCAGCAGGCCAAACCCCUGUUAUCAACAGACCCCUUUUUCAAAGUUUCGCUCACCUUUUCUGCAAAGGGAGAUGCCCAACUAGCAAAGGUUAGUGUCAGGAUCCCGUCAUGGACAUCAACUGAUGGCACAACGGCAACUCUGAAUGGCCAGAAGCUCAACCUGACAUCCACUGGCAACUCGACUAAUGGUGGUUUCCUGACGGUGACCAAGCUCUGGGCCGAAGAUACCUUGACCCUCCAAUUUCCCAUUACCCUUAGGACUGAGGCAAUCAAAGAUGACCGGCCGGAGUACGCGUCCAUCCAAGCGGUGCUGUUCGGGCCGCAUCUCCUCGCCGGCCUGACACACGGCAAGCUGCCAGUGACCGACAGCAACCACUCCAACGACGGCCUGACCCCGAGCAUCUGGGAAGUGAACGCCACAAGCGCCACCGCCGUCACCGACUGGGUCACUCCGCUCCCCUCCGAGACGCUCAACUCACAGCUCGUCACCCUGACGCAGACCGCCGGCGGACGGACCCUCGUCCUGUCGGUGUCGAUCGCCGACGCGAAGCUGGAGAUGCAGGAGCAGCCGGCCCCCGGGACCGACGCGUGCGUGCACGCCACGUUCCGCGUCUACGGCCAGGCGGGCAGCAGCAGCAGCGAGUCGCUGCUGCCGAUGCAAGGGCCGAACGUGACGAUCGAGCCGUUCGACAGGCCGGGCAUGGCGGUCACCAACGGCCUCCUCGCCGUCGGCCGCCCUGCUGGAGGCCGCGACACGCUCUUCAACGCCGUGCCGGGGCUGGACGGCGCGCCGGGCUCCGUGUCCCUGGAGCUCGCCACCAGGCCGGGGUGUUUCGUGGCGACGGCCCCCGCAGCGGGCGCGAACGCCGCCACGCAAGUCGUCUGCCGGGGCAACAAGAACAAUGGCGGCAGCGCGAGCGGCGACGGCGCGGCGCUCCGGCGCGCGGCGAGCUUUGUCCGCGCCGCGCCGCUGAGGCGGUACAACCCGCUGAGCUUCGCGGCGCGCGGGACGGCGCGGAACUUCCUGCUGGAGCCGCUGCGGAGCCUGCAGGACGAGUUCUAUACCGUCUACUUCAGCCUCGUCGUCUCCGACGCCGGGAGCUGAUUGAUCGGUGUGCACGUGAGCCAACUGGAGGACUGGAUACUGAUCACGCUAGUUUCGCUGUACCAUUGACGCACUGUAUCCCCUAUGAACAAUGAGCAAUGAGCAAUGUGGAGUAAAAGGGAUAAUAUUGGCGCCAAAUGCCAUAGCCCAUCGAUGCUCGUGUUCCAUACUUGCAUGAUGGAGUUGAGCUUCCUCGUGGCGUUCAGGGGCCUUUUUUAGAACUCGAGAAUCCUACACGAACACAGGAUAGUGGUUGAUUUGCCAGAGACACGGGAAACUGGAACUGGAUCAAAUCAUUGGGAAAAGUCCAGGUCCCAGCGCAUGACACACUGUACGGCCGCUUUCCUCUUUUCAGCAUUGUUGGACGUCACGUGGAAAAAGGAGUACUUGAAAGUGAUUCUGGCAAUUUA